AUGUUUAGACAUAUAUUACAAGUUCCUUAGUUGUAUUGGAUAUACUCAUUAUCUAACCAAUAAGCUACCACCACAUUCACCAUACUUGAACUCAUCCGUUCCAUCUCACCGUUUAUAUCUGAUCCCCAAAUCAUAACUGCAUAUAGACUGUGGAUCUCUAAAUGGCUGGAGCAAUGGCAACUUUAACGUUGAGUGAAGAGUUACAUCAUGUUACGCAGCCAGGAGACAUUUUAUCACCUGGAGAUGAGUCAAAAGUUUCCCUCGGUGGCGGAAAUUUAUUCGCUGCAGAAGCUGAGAAUGGUGAUGAUAUUGACAUGGCAAAUCUAACAUCAAAGACAAUCCUGGUGAGCCCAACAGAAGAAGAGUAUGAUGAAUUACUUGAUAUGUUGAAAGAAAGAAUUUGUGAAAGCCAGGGAGAAACUAUAUAUGAAGUUGGCACUGGAGAGGGGGAGCAACCAGGGUUGAGUGAGGAAGAUUACAGUGCCUCAGUUGCCACACUGUGUAGCAUGGCUCAGACUCUGGAUUGCGAGUGUGUCGAGUUGAGGAAAAGAUCUGUUGAAGGGGGAUAUGUUGCAGAGCACUUGAUACGGAAAAAAGCAGACGACUCAGAUUUUAUGGAAGUCAGGGUGGCAGUUGUUGGUAAUGUUGACGCUGGAAAGAGUACCUUAUUAGGAGUUCUUACUCAUGGUGUUCUCGACAAUGGUCGGGGGUUUGCUCGUCAGAAACUUUUCCGUCACAAACACGAGAUGGAAUCGGGUCGAACAAGCAGUGUAGGAAAUGAUAUAUUAGGAUUUGAUACAACUGGGAAUGUUGUCAAUAAAGCCGAUCAUGGGAAUCUAGAUUGGACUCGUAUCUGUGAAGAAGCCGCAAAGGUCAUCACAUUUAUAGAUCUAGCUGGCCACGAGAGGUACUUGAAAACAACUGUAUUCGGUAUGACUGGACAUGCGCCAGACUUCACUAUGCUAAUGGUUGGAGCGAAUGCUGGAGUAAUCGGAAUGUGUAAAGAGCACCUUGGGCUUGCUCUUGCUCUCAGUGUUCCAGUCUUUGUGGUUGUGACUAAGAUUGACAUGUGUCCUGAGAAUGUUCUCUCUGACACUCUGAAGAUGCUCCAACGUCUGCUGAAGUCGCCAGGUUGUCGAAAAAUCCCCGUCCUUGUACAAAAUCGUGAUGAUGUCAUAUGUACAGCAACCAACUUCAGCUCUGAGAGAGUCUGUCCAAUCUUCCAAGUGUCAAAUGUGUCCGGUUUAAACCUUGAUUUAUUAAAACUCUUUCUAAACCUGUUGUCAACGCGGAUGUUGUUCUGUCCUACUGAACCUGCAGAGUUCCAGAUUGAUGAUACCUUCUCUGUACCCGGUGUAGGAACAGUGGUUUCUGGAACUACUUUAAAAGGCGUGAUUGGUAUUAACGAUACACUAUUAUUAGGCCCUGAUGCUCUGGGAGCAUUUCUACCAAUUACAGUAAAGAGCAUACACAGGAAGAGAAUGCCAGUAAAGGAAGUCAGAGGGGGACAAACUGCCUCCUUUGCUCUUAAAAAAAUCAAAAGGUCACAGAUCCGAAAAGGAAUGAUGAUGCUAUCCCCAAAGCUAGAGCCAAAGGCCAGUUGGGAAUUCGAUGCUGAAGUAUUGGUGCUCCAUCAUCCCACCACUAUCAGUGUGCGUUAUCAAGCCAUGGUUCAUGUAGGCAGUGUCAGACAGACAGCCACUAUAAUGCAUAUGGACUCUGGCCACUUACGAACAGGCGACAAAGCAAAUGUCCGUUUUAGAUUCAUCAAAAACCCAGAAUAUCUGAAACCUGAUCAAAAGUUAGUAUUCCGUGAAGGGCGGACAAAAGCAGUGGGGACUAUAACCAAACCACACCCAUAUGUGUCUGCAACAGCAAGUAAUACACGUCAACAUCGUGUAGGACGUGCUAGAGCAAUGGAAAUGCAUCACUCUGUGAAACCUCAAAAUGAGCCUCAAAAGCCGUCAAAGCGAAACAGGCGGAAUAAGAAAGGAUUUCAUCACCAACCUCCUUCAUUAGGACAGAAUGGCACCCCUUUUGGGGCAGUAGGAAAUGCUAUGGAAAAAGAGAACUCUAAUGCUAGUGUAACAAAGUCUCCUGUGAAAAGUUGAUGAGAUUGCAGUAACAUUUAUCAACAUGAAUUGAUCUCUGAUCAUGUAUAAGUCAGUGUAGAACUUAUUUAUGGUUUCAUUGUUCCUUGUAUAUAAAUCCCUCUUGGAGACCAUUUCCUUAAUUUUUAGAUUUUAAAAGCAUCAUGUUAAAUGGUUGUAAGGCUAUUAAUCUUUUGAAUUUUUACAAAAUCAAUCACAAAAUGAUAAUCCUUGCUUAUGCUAUUAUUAAUUUUUCAUUUUUAGUUUGGAUUUUUAGAAAGCAAGCAAAAGUGUGUGAUUAUUGUAUGGCUGACAUUGUUGUCAUAGUUAAGAUUUUAAGACAUGGCUCAUCUACUUUAAUCUUACAUACAACUUGAUAAAAUAAAAAUUUGGAUUUAUUACGCGUUUUUAGAAAAAAAUGUGAGCAUACAUUCUUGUUUACUUAAAUGUAGGGUUAUUUGACAUACUUUGUGCACAUGGAAGAAGUUUAAUCACGAUCUCUUAAAAGGCUAUGAGAAAUUAUGCUGAUAAAAGAGUUCCUGAAAAAUUAACAAACUGUUUGUAAUUUUGCUUCAAUACAUCAUGCUCUCCCACUAACCGCUAACUCAGAGUGAGUAUUGAGGAUAUAGGGUCUUGGCAUAACAUUUUGUCAAUGUAAUUUCUUAUCAAAACCUGUGGUUUCUUGAAGCAUCCGGUACGUCAGGGCAUGAUUAUUUAGAUAGAAUAAGUUAAUCAAGAGAUGACCGCAUAUUGGAAAUCACCAGCACACAAACGUUCAGUGUUUUUAGAUUGCAUGUGUUAUGAUGAUUUGAUGUCAUCUUGUUAAAGAAAUGUCAGUAGAGUUUCUCAGUAAUAUAAACUGGGUGUAUUUUAGAGAAGUACAUCAAAAAGAAAAUUCUCUCUUCAAAGCACCACAAGCAUUCCUUUGACCACUAUAUAAAUAAAUAAAUACAAAGUGUGUGUAUUAGUGAGAAACUCUGGAAGAUAAAUUGGUUUUAGUAUUUUGUGGUGACCAUAAUCUGUUUAAUUCACUGCAUCCACUCAGUCACUAAUUUGGCGAGUGGGUGAUUACUAAUGAGCCAGAUAACAUACAUGUUAUUUUAAUCCGCUUUCAUUGCAUGAAUAAAACAUCAAUAUUAUAUCGUAUUGCAUUUUAUUUAUUUCUAGCAUUGAACAAUGUACAAAUUGUUGGUGUAUUUUAUUCAGUUCAUUUGUCUAUAGGAAAUGAUAUAUAACCUAACUCAAUACAUAAACAUGUUUUGUUACAAGGUAUUUGAGAAUAUAAACUAUUUACAAUCAAGAAUACUAUUUUGUUGAUAUGAUACAUGUUAUAUAUACAUACAAUACCCAGUCGUAGUCAUUUUAAAUGAUGGAUAUCCAGAACAUGCUCUCUUGUGUAAUCAACCUAUAAUCUCCAUGUCCUUAAGAAUAAUCAAGCGGAUUUCAAAGAGAGAAGACAACUGUAGACUGGUUUUGAGUUUCACUAUUAAUAACAUUGUAAUAUCCAUAAAACUCAUCUGGGAAAUACAAUGAGAGUAAAAUUGAUGCUUAAAAUAUUGGUUAAUAAUAGGAUGGUUUGAUUUUCUAAAUAUAAAGUUGUUGAUAAUGGUAUCCAUAUGAAAUAAACUCUAAAUAUCAUUCAUUAAUACCAAGAACAACAUUUUA